GGAUGAAAAGGCCGGAGACGACAGGCCCUCCCCGGGGGAGGCUCGCCCGGAGCUGGGGAGUCACCGGCCUAACGCAUCUUGACCGACUGCCAGCGAGCGCGCGCGACAGUUCACGGCAGUAUCUCCUCACGAGGCGGCGUCUUCACCCCAGAGUCCAGUUCCGCAUGGAGAUUGGCCCUUAGCCAUCUCAUCUCUUGCGUCUGGUGUUCUCUGCUCAGGCACGCCAUCACUGGGGCCUCUGUGGCGGCGGAACUACUGUGUUAGGGGUCGUGGUUUUCAGGGAAAUGCCGUAGUCGGAUUGACAAGAGGGCGGGCAGCAGGCGGGACUUCCGGCCUGCUGUUCCGUCAGCUGCCUUUCCCGGGCGUCUCCCCGCAACCUCUUCAACUUCCCUUGUCCGUGACGCGGCACCUGGGAGAAAGCCGACGGGACUGGGGCCCGGGAGCGUGAGCUGCAGCACAAGCAGGGAGAGCAGCAGGCAGAGGGAGAGGGAGAAGCAGGCCCCCCACAGAGCAGGGAUCCUGACACGGAGCUCGAUCCCAGGACCCUGGGACCACGACCCGAGCCGAAGGCAGCCGCCCAACUGACUGAGCCACCCAGGCACCCCAGAACAAAGACUUCUGAAGAAAUUCCUAUAAACAUGUCUUUGGAUGUUUAAAAGAAGAUGGAUGCACAGAGUUCAGCCAAAAUGAACACAAGAAAGAGGAGAAAAGAGGUACCUGGACCCAAUGGGGCAACAGAAGAAGAUGGAAUUUCUUCAAAAAUGCCACGAUGUGCAAUUGGCUUACAGCAGCCAGCUCCUUUUUCUGACGAAAUUGAAGUUGACUUUAGUAAGCCCUAUGUCAGGGUAACUAUGGAAGAAGCCAGCAGAGGAACUCCUUGUGAUAGGCCUGUGAGAGUUUAUGCCGAUGGAAUAUUUGACUUAUUUCACUGUGGUCAUGCCCGGGCUCUGAUGCAAGCAAAGAACCUUUUCCCUAAUACAUACCUCAUUGUAGGAGUUUGCAGCGAUGAACUUACGCACAACUUCAAAGGCUUCACGGUGAUGAAUGAAAAUGAGCGCUAUGAUGCAGUGCAGCACUGCCGCUAUGUGGAUGAGGUGGUGAGGAAUGCCCCCUGGACCCUGACACCAGAGUUCCUGGCAGAACACCGGAUUGAUUUUGUAGCCCAUGAUGACAUCCCUUAUUCUUCUGCUGGGAGCGAUGAUGUUUAUAAGCACAUCAAGGAAGCAGGUAUGUUUGCACCAACACAGAGGACAGAAGGUAUCUCCACAUCAGACAUCAUCACCCGAAUUGUCCGGGAUUAUGAUGUUUAUGCCCGACGGAACCUACAGAGGGGCUACACAGCAAAGGAGCUCAAUGUCAGCUUUAUCAAUGAGAAGAAAUACCACUUGCAAGAGCGGGUUGACAAAGUAAAGAAGAAAGUGAAAGAUGUGGAAGAAAAGUCAAAAGAAUUUGUUCAGAAGGUCGAGGAAAAAAGCAUUGAUCUCAUUCAGAAAUGGGAGGAGAAAUCCCGAGAAUUCAUUGGAAGUUUCCUGGAAAUGUUUGGUCCAGAAGGAGCGCUGAAACAUAUGCUGAAAGAGGGGAAAGGCCGGAUGCUGCAGGCCAUCAGUCCAAAGCAGAGUCCCAGCAGCAGCCCCACUCGGGAACGCUCCCCCUCCCCGUCUUUUCGAUGGCCCUUCUCUGGCAAGACUUCCCCGCCUUCCUCCCCAGCAAACCUUUCCAGGCACAAGGCUGCAGCCUAUGAUAUCAGUGAGGAUGAAGAAGACUAAGUUUUCAUCCCUCCUUUCCUCUUCCCUCCCUCUGUCCCAUCACCUUUGGAAGCUCUCUGUUGAAUUUCAAAUUGUGAUUCCAACACUAAACCUAAGGACAGCUACAAAGGAAAGAAAGUUGGGGCAGGAGGGUGUAGGAUGGGAUCAGCAGCCCAUCCUCCAAGAGACAUCACCUAGCCACACGAAGAAAGAGGCUGACUACACCUCAGAAACCUGUUCUGCACCCAUAUACCCUCCCUACAGACUUUGCUUUACUGUUUAUGUUCAUGUGAUUUUGACAGGGAAAUUGUCAUUUUUAUUAAUUUUUUAAAAAUUCGUCUUUCAAAUGUUGUAAGUAGAACUAAUUCUUUGCCCCUGAGGAGUGGGCAGAAGGAAGUGGUGUAUUACCCAGAGGCCUUUUCUUCCUGAUACACUAUAGUGUUUGCCUUCUGUUGGUGGCUUGCCAAGUCCUUCAAGCAAUGAGCCAUGCUGAUGAGUGAUUUCAGGGGGAGGGGAAAUAGCAUAAUUUUGGUGUCCUUAAAAAAAAGCUAAAAGCUGAGUAAACUCAGUCACAAACCCCCUCAAUGAAUUGCUGGCACAUGUGUCAAUGUGGCUGUGAGAAGAAGAUCUGAGCCGAACUUUUCUUACUCCCUGAGGAGUUUCUUGUUGGACCCGAUGGGGCCCAUGGAAAGACACUGAUGUGGAUGGGACAGACCACAUGGCAUCAGCUGCGGUUUUCCUGCUGUGUUCAUCUUCUCAGAAAACUCUGUUGCCCAGUUAUUUGGGAACUCUUGUCAAUCUCUUUCCUACAGUCUACCUUUGAAGGAAGGAACACUUUCAGGUUUAUUGUGAUUGGGGAGGGGAGUGGGACAGUACUCAAUCCUAUAAAGGAUCAGGUUAGGUUAAUUUUCCCAUCUGGGUGUAAGUCCCUGGCCCUGCUAUUUCAGUGCUUAUUACCUAGCUUUUUACAGAGGAUACUUUGUAAAUGUCUGCAGUUUGAACAUGAUCUGUUAAUCCAUGUUGCUCAAAGCCAUAUUGAAUAUUUAGAGAGAUUUGCACAGAAUUUAAACACAAAAGUAUAAAGAAACACCCCCCCCCCCCCUAAAGCCUUAUCUUGAACUCUGUCCUUCUUAAGAAUGUUCUUAACUGGAACUAAUGCUCCAGGUGGUGUUUCUUUUCCUCUGAAGGUUGCAGUGGUUGGGACUUCCCUCCGCUGCCCCUCCAGCAGGCCACAAAACAUUACAAGAGAAUGGCAGGUUCUCUCCCUUUCCCACGUGUGCCUGGUGGUUAUGGUCCCACUUCUCCUGUUAGGUUGCCCAGGAGGAUUCGUCACUUAUAUUCCACAUCAGAGUUGCUGAAGCUUAACACUUGCAGUUGAGUACGAGCUCAUUUUAAGCCUCUAGCAUUCUGCAGCUACAUGACCGAGCAGACCAUCAUCUUCAAUAAUCCUGUAGCUGGGUUCAGGGGUAAAAUUGCUUAUGUCCAGGCCCCACCCUGUCACUCAUAAAUACCCCUUGUGGGGGUGGAGUUUUGGUGUUUUCAGCUAAGAAAACUGCAUUUUAUCUUUUCUUGCCCCUAUGCUAGGGCUGUAAGCAUCUCAUAGUCUCUUCCCUAAAUACUUUCUGGUAAAACCUGCUCUUCUGCCUGAGGAUCAGAGGCUAGAAUCACUGCCUGCUUGCACAGCAGGACUACCUGGUUUCCUAAAACUCCGAUCACCCAGAGAGACAGAGUAGAGACAAAGAGAGGGAAAUCUCUUGUUGUCCUGACGGCUUAUGUAAACUACAUUUCUGACUCUUCUCAUGAAGUGCUAUUUUUGCUAUCAAAUAUGGUUUACAUGAGCUUUGACUUGGAAUCCUUUUUUUGAAACAGUUCAAGUUCUUGUUUUCCUACAUUAACCAGCUUCGUAGGAUCACAUAUUUUAACUUUUCUGCUUUAGUCUUCCCUCUUUGGGCAUUCUGCCUAUCUCUGUCUUAUUCUCCCUGGUAUAGAAAGAUGAUGAAAUCAUCACUGAAGGUCACCUACCUGUUCCCUCAAAGUACAUAUUGGCCAAGUGUAUUUGGCAAGGGAGAUGCUCAGAAUGUGGUUUUCCUCCCUGCAUGUCACUCCUCUCAAGUUUACUGUCUGGACCUCUUCCUCUGCUCUGUCAAUGGGCUACUUUGGGCAUUCCCUGCCCUUGGAAUAUAACCGCUCUGCUAAUAAGUUCUGUGAGACCGCCAGGGCCAGCAUAUGCACAAGUGCUUGGAAAGCCCUCUCACCCCUUUUGAUGAGCCUCUGUGGCCUCAGUCUCCUAACACUAGUGCAUCCUCAAAUAAUUUUGACUUAAGGCUAAAACUUUUAUUGUGUGGCAUAUUAGCUACUUUGGGAUAAAUGUGAUCCUAGGUGCUGGACAAGGAUGUGUGGAGGGAAGAAGCUGUUGGGAUGAUGUGUUAUUUGAUCAUUUGUGCCUAAUUAAAUGAAGUUAGUGGUUUGCCUACCAUGACCAUGCCUGUGAUCUGUAAAUCUUCUAUUAUUAAUUUUAAUAUUAACUAUUAAUAUUGAUUUCUAAUAUUAAUAUUAAUUAGCUAUUUCCCUGAAUCCCACACACAAAGCAAUAAGCCAAAUGUAGCAGAGAUGGGAGAGCCUUAAACACUGGUUGGCUUCAGAGCUCAGUCUGUAAGACAGAAGAAUGGAGACAAACCCAGGAGCUGGUGCUGGGGAGGUGCUACUUCAUUUACCUUGAGAUGGCUGGGCAGAAAGUUUGCUCUUUUCAUACACUAGACUCAGUAGCACUAAGGAAUAGAGGUUGAAACUUUAGAGGAGUAGAAACAGAUUCUUUGUACUGCUGCAGCUGUUUCUGAUAGCUAGAGCCAAAGACCAUUAUUUCGCUGAGGCUUGGGUAAGAAGGCUGGGGAUAGGAGGAGGUUGAAGAUGCUAAAUAAGAAAAAAUAUGAAGCAUUAUGAGGUCAAGAGAACUUUUGACUUUUUCAGAUUGCUGAUAACCCAGCACCCGAGUUAGAUUUUUCUUAUUUUACUUGUGACCACACAACUGGUCAGGCAGCCUCUGGAUAUUCCAUCCCCCGGUGGCGCGCCCCCCCCCCCCCCCCCCCCCCCCCCCCCCCCCCGCCCCAGAUGGUUCUUCACAGUGCUUUUGUUUCUCCGGAUUAUCUUGAUUUGUGGGUAGCUUUUGUUAUUCUGGAGCUCAUUGCUUUUUUGACCCUGUUCUAGAUCUCUGUCUAAAAUCUUUCCAAAUCAAUUAUAUUUUGCUGCUUUUCUUUAAUUCCCUAAAAGCCUUAGCUUCUACAUUUUCUGUCAGCACACACUUUCACCAGAAGUUGAACUAAUACAGGUAGGAAAAAAAGCUCCCUUAGCAAUGUUUUUAACUAAUGGUAUUUUUUUUUAAAGCUUACCAAUAUAGGUAUUUUUAAAGAUUGUAUUUUUCAAAAUCAUACAAUGAUUGUUCUUGUUUUCUCUCAUAGAAUAGAUUGUCAUGGGAUAAAGAGUGGUCCCUAGCUUCUAUUUUUCCAAAUAAGUAGGACAUGUUCUUAGGAUUAUACUAUUAAAAGUUAAUUUUCUUUAAAAGAAAGAAGAAAGAUUUUCUGUCUGCCAAAGUUGUAUGUUAAUUCUCAGAUUGGGAUAGAAAACAAAAGUGCUAGGUUUAAUACUAGGAUGACUCAGGUUGUGUUCCUUUAGGUUUAAAGAGGGCUUUCCCACCCUUCUUAGGGGGGCACUGACUGUUUUAAACACAGAGAGUUGAUUGGUUGCUUUGUAUUGAGGAUCUUGAAAAGAAAAGGGCGUGUGGGAAGAAACACUGGCCUUGAUGUGAAUGUUAGCCCCAUCCCCAGUGCCAUCAUCCAUAGGGCAUUUUCCUCAAUCCGUGUUCAGUACAUUGUUUUCCUAUGUGAGUGUUAUUAAUUUGUUCAGUUAUUUUGGCCUUUGUCAUUAGGCAAAUAAAGGCAAAGUUGUUUUACCUAA